AACUCUUUCAUGGAGCAGACGACUCGUGUGGUCACGCGACGCGACAUCCUACGGCAUGAAGGCAUGCGUGCUGCUCCUGUCAAAGGUACCCUGUUAAAGAGAAGUAGAAGUCCUUCUGAUGGCGGAUUUGUGCUGAUGGCGAAGUGCAGUACCCUUCCUUUCUCAGAGCUUGCAGAAUGGAGAGGUCGCUAUGGAGGAUCAGCAAGAUCAAAGGCUUAUUCAUACUUCUUGUGUUCUUAAUUUUUGUGAUCAUGAUGUAUCAGCACAAUUUGAAUCAACCUGUUGGACCUGUAGCACACAGCUUAAUAAUAGAAAAUGAUGGUUUAAAUGGUGAACUUGUAUCUCAAGAAGACAGGCGACUUAUAACCAAAAUACGCACAAACUACCUUUACCCACCUCCCCCAGGGGAUGUUCCAUUAAAUCUAACUGAUCCAGAGGAGUUCGACACCAGCAUGGGCCAGUCUCAAGUUGUAAAGAGACUUCUUAAGUAUAAGAGAAAUGGUUUUUUUAUUGAGUGUGGUGCUUUAGAUGGUGAGAUUCGGUCAAAUACUCUUUAUCUAGAAAGGUAUUUGGGUUGGUCAGGUCUUCUCAUAGAAGGAGACCCCAGUAACUUUGCACUUAUGGUGCACAAGCAUCGCAAAGCUUGGUUAUCACAAGCUUGCCUCUCCUUGAAACCCUAUCCAUCUAUUGUUUCUUUCAAACAAAAUUUUAACAUGGGUCAAGUUUCAGAUUAUCCAGCAGGGCACUCUCGAUCUGGUUUUGUUGAUGUCCAGUGUUUUCCACUGUAUUCUUUCCUACUAGCAUUAAAUCAAACAACCAUAGACUAUUUCAGUUUAGAUGUUGAAGGUGCAGAACUUGAUGUGCUUCAAACUAUUCCUUGGUCAAAAGUUAAUAUCAAGGUUUUGUCCGUAGAAUUCAUUCACGGCCCACAAGGAAAAGAUGCUCUUCAAAAUUAUAUGGAAAGCUUAGGAUAUCGUGUCGUAGAGACUGUAACUCAUUCCAACAACCUCGCUAAUGACUUUAUCCUAAUCAAAGACUAAUUUUACAAAUGUAAUGAUGUCUUUCCUGGGCAUCUGGCUACUAAUCUGUCCAUUCCAGAGAGAAUAAAAGUCAAGUAAUUAGUUUUGAGAUGGGUUUGCUGGCAUUUCCAUCUGAUUCAUUAGAAAGCUGUUGUCAGUUUGAAUAUUUAUUUUUUAAAAUUGAAAAGUGCACAAAGUUAAUUUUAUUGACCCCUUGCCACUAUUGUGCAAAUCAAAUCACUUUUAUCACUAGCGUGUUUUAAUUAUGAAGUAUUAUUUGUAUUGUUUUGGCUUUUUUGGUAUUAUUCCAUUUUUGCCAUACUACCUAGGUCUGUUCUUAAUGUUUCUUCGUUUUAAAAAAAUUAUAUCUGAUCUGAGUGUUUUUCUACUUUCAAUAUCCUACUUAGCUGUAGAAACUAGUCCUCUAUUUCCUAAUCUUAAUAAUCAAGAUAUUUUCAUUCUAUGAUUUGAAAAUGUUGAAUUGAACUGUGCACAGUGAACUGUAUUGGAACAAGUGUGCAUGUUAUUUUAUAUUAGACAUUAUGUGAACCAAGCUCAAACUUAUGAGCUUUUAUGGAGGAGGUGUGUCACUGCUGUGAUGAGGUUCGUACUGAGGUCCUAAGAGUGGUAUAAUGGUUAUUUUCUAAUAUGUAGGUGUAAAAUGCUUAUUGCAGGGGUGCGUGUUAAUUUUGAUAGUUAGUGAUAUUCUCAAUUAGAGCUUUUCAACGCUUUUCUUUCGCUGCUAUUUGCCAUCACUAAAAAUAUUUUUGAGACAUAUUCAAAGUUGGCAUUCACUGUCUGACCAAGCAAUUUUUAAAAAGAAUCUAUGCCUAAUCCAUGCCCAAGAUGAAGUUAGGAAAAUACUAUUCAGUGCAGUGACAUUGAAAGAUUGUGAAAUACUGUAUUUUCUUCUUACAAAUAAUCAAUUUUGAUCCCAAUGAUCAGCCAUUACAUUGCCAGUUUUUGGCUCAAGAAAAGACUGUAAUCUAAACUAAUAAUUUGCUGAACAGUUAUUGUUAUAGAUGUAGGCAUUUGUUAUUUUUUAGAGUUCGUGGGUGUUCCUUGUAUCACAGAAAGGCUGAUAUACGAUUCAGAAGUUCCAAGAUGAAAACAAAAUAAAUCUUUCACUUUUAUCUAAAACAUUCGUGCAAAGCCAGUUGCAAUUACCUUUUUUGACAGAAAAAGUUGAUCAUGGUAAGUGUUAUGAUUUUGAUGGUACACAAAGAUUGUUGCUGUUAUUGAAUUAGUGUUGUUGUACCCUCUAGUCAAAGGUUCCUCCUGAUUUAAAAUCUUUUAACAAUGUAUUAUUAGUAAAUUAUGCGUAAGCAAAAGUCAGUAGUAUUUGUAAUCCGUAAUUUAAUUAUUGUUUAAGUAACUGCCUUUUCUACAAUUCAGUGUGGGCAUGUAACAGUCAAACCUCCAAAAUGAUAUUUUAAAUCUAACCAUGUUAGUUUAGCAAUUGGCACAAUUAUUAGAAAUUUAUUUUCUACAUGUUAAUCAAAAGCCAUUGCUUUGCUUUAACUUUCUAUGAUGAUACAUACGUAACAAAGAUGUCCACACUGAUGAAUCUACUUAUGUGAUUGAUGUCAUUCGAUUUUUACUAAUCUCAAUUGUUAUUCUUUGAAUGAUUGUUGUGUAAUGAUAAUAAUAAUAAAGUUCUAUGUCUGUA